AUGAGUUGUCCUCCAGCAUUCGUAAUAAGCGCUUUAGCUGGAAAGGGAGAGAUAGAGAGAGGGGGGAGAGGAGAGAGAGCGGGAGAGAGGGGUGGAGAGGGGGGAGAGGUGGGGAGAGGGAGGGAGAGAGAGGAGAGAGGAGAGGGAGAGAGAAGAGGGAGAGAGGAGAGGGAGAGAGGAGAGAGAAGAGAGAGGGAGAGAGAUGAGAGGAGAGAGGAGAGAGGAGAGGAUAGAGAGGAGAGGAUAGAGAGAGGGGAGAGGAUAGAGAGAGAGGAGAGGAUAGAGAGAGGAUAUGAGAUAGGGGAGAGAGAGGGAGAGAGAGGGAGAGGGGAGCGAGGGAGACAGAGAGAGAGGAGAUGGGGAUAG